AUAGAUAUUUAAUGUUUAAUUAGCGUUUGAAUUUUUAAUAAUUUCGCCAUUACAAUUUCUAGGAAAGCUACCGAAAACUAUAUUUUUUUAUGGAGCCUGUUUGUCAUGCAAAGUUAGCAGAAAAAAGUCGUCAAAUAUAGGUUCAAGGCCACAGAUGGCAAUGGCUUUUAUUUAGCAUGAAAAAUAUGUUUGGUGAUCUUAGUCCUGACGUUCCAAUAGAGUUAAGAGACCUCGACCAAACCGUUCUAAUGGACAGUAUUGAUCACUCUCGAGCCCGUUACCCUUAUUGCAUAGUUUGGACCCCUAUACCAGUACUAACAUGGCUAUUCCCAUUUUUGGGCCAUAUGGGAAUCUGUAUGUCAAACGGAAUUAUAAGAGACUUUGCUGGGCCUUAUUUUGUAUCAGAAGAUUUAAUGGCUUUUGGAAACCCAACCAAAUAUUGGCAACUAUCUCCUCAAAAAGCUUCUAAUGGUCCAGCAGGCUGGGACGCAGGAGUUACUGAAGCUUCAGAGAUUUAUAAAAAGAGAAUGCACAUAAUAUUCUAUGACAAUUGCCAUUCUCAUGUAGCAACAGCAUUAAAUAUGAUGAAUUAUGGAGGUUGCAAGAAUUGGAAUAUGGUAAAACUAGCAUUCUACAUGAUACCAUAUUCUAAAUAUGUAAGUUUUGCAGCGUUAUUAAAGACAUGGCUACCAUUCUGUUUAAUAGCCUCCUUUAUUUGUGGGUUGGCUGCAAUCAUAUAGACCAUUUGUUAAUGUAUUGGCACUGGCAAUUUCAAAUAAAUAGUAAUAAAUGGAUAAAUUCAAAAAAAGUUAUAAAACUUCAAUUUACAUUCAAAUUAUAUGUUAACCAUUAUUUUCCAGGUAAGUGCUUGUCUUUCCCAUGCCUAUAUUUUUGUCUCUUCACUAUGUAGUUAGAAAAUAUAUUUAUUCAACAGCUUGACAUAGAUAGGUACUUACCUAAGUUUGCAGAUACAGAGAAGUUUGCUGAGAAAGAAAGGCCCACGAGGCCUAUUAUCCUUUAAGGGUGAUUAAUGUGCAAAAAGUUUCCUAUUAGGAUACUAAAUCUAUUCUGACAUAAGAACCUAGGGAUGAAUGACAGAUCUCUUAAACAUAGUUUGAAAAAACAUACUUUUUAACAAAACAGCAUGUCCUGGAACAUCUCCUAGAAUAUAAAAAUGAAUCGCAAAAUGUGUUGGUAAGCGCAUAACUCUACAACGCCUGGAACAAUUAUUGUACCAAU